CGAAAAUCAAUAACAACCGUCACCACAACUAAUCGCUGGAUUGUAAACAUUGACUUUCUUCGGACGGGACCUGCAUGCUGGUUGCCCGCUUCGAGCUAUGCAGUCACUCACAAGCUGACAACGAUCGACUGCAAUGGAAACAACUCACCCGGCUCUGGUCACUACGCUUGAUACCGAUAAUAGACGACACUGCAUUAGGAUCAAAGCUCGCAUCAAGAUCCAAGGCGAGAAAGAAUCGGUUGGGCCUAUGACGGAAGCAACACCGCCGUAUCAAGCAUACUGUGAGACGGUAUCAUCUUCAAGGCCUCAUAGCCCCGACAUUUUUACGACACCUCCUACACACUCAGAGCCUUUUCAACCUGCCCAGAUCACCAAAGCACCUACAUAUACUGCUCGCAUCACUACUCGCAGAGCGACCAUUUCAAGCGUGUCAACCAGCACUCCUGAUGCGGCUGUUCAACAAAUCAUCGCGCCUGUCGCAGGGCUCAUAGCAGACGGAACGAGCAGUAAACAAGAUGUUCCAGCCUACCGAACCCCUCGACGAGGAAGCACAGUGUCGCCAAAUCGAUAUCACAAGGUAUCACAGUCUCUGACACCACGCGGCAGCCCCUUGAAAGGGACGGUUGAUUCCAUGUCGCGUAACCGUACACCAUCACUGUCACAGGUACAGCAAGCAAACACUCUCCCAAAACCGACGGCUCAAGUCAUCACCGCUCGAACACCCUUGCGACAGAAGAGAUAUGGAAGGAUGAACUAUCAUCCUCUACCCCCUUUGCCUCCACCGUCACAGCCUCCGCCGCCGCCGCCGGGCAACCUUAAAGAUGCCGUGACUAGUCAGCAGGUCGUGGGCAAAGUCACUGUAAACUUUAGUCGGGGAGAGAUCAGGAGGAAAUCGGUGCACCAGCAAGGACCGCUGAAGGCGCUGCCUCUAGCCGGCACCAACUCCUCUCAAAGACCGACCACACCUCCCCACCAUGAUAGCAACCUUGCGAACGCAACGGCUGGCCAUGAAAGACCUCAAUCCAAAGCAUCCAGGCGUACAGUCACCUUCGCAGACGACAUGACUAUAUCCUCGCGAAGCUCGUCACCCGACUGCCACAGUAUCAUCCUCGAGCGGAGCCUACGGCAGAGCAAGAGCUUUUCCUCCGAAACCCAGACUCCGUCUUCCCUGCGCCAAUACCGCUCCUACGACAGCGUACUAGGCGCCAGCAACGCCACCGAGAGCGACACCAAGACACACGCCUCCCGACGCACAACACCCAAGGACUUCCCACACAAAUACGCGUUCGGCCAACGCCCCUCAUCACGCAUGAACUUCUCAUCCGGGCUCGGCAAAGCGCACAACCCAAACUAUAAUCCGCGUCUGAGCACCUCCAAAGCGCAGUACCGCGGUCUCGCGUCGCUCCCGCCCCCGCUGCCUUCCCCCCCGCGCGGCGCUGAGUCCCAAGCCGGCCCUCGCCAGCCGCCCUGGGGUUCGCUCGAUAAUCUCGAAGUGCGGCGCGAGAAACGCGGGGAUGCGCGGGAGCGCGACCAAGUGAAGCAGUUCCGGGCAGCUACGCUGAGUGAGGCGACGACGUUAGGGUCGACGGAUAGCUUUGGCAGGGAGAAGAUGAAGAGGGAGGUCGAGGACUAUAAGGAACAGGUUAUGAGCGUGUAUCCGGAUAUGGCGUUUGAUGGGAGUGCAGGGAAGGAGGGACGGCGUUGUCGUUGUGCUGUCAUGUGAUGGUGUCGGGGCGCGUGGGUUUGGGGUGGAAGGAGAUGCAGUAGAGAACGACAGUCUGGAUGAUGACAUGAAUAUGCAUCUGAAAAUUGAAUGGAGAGGUAGGAGUAGAGAUAAGUAUUUCGGUAGAUGAUGUCAGUCGCUGGACUGGUAGACGGGACGUUCGUUCAGGUGACCACAAUGUGGAGAUCCACGGUUUUGAUGUAAUACGACGGUAUGAGAUGGUAUCUGCCGACAGAAUUUGUCCCUCGAAUGUAUCUUUUGAACAGUCAAUAUGAACAGCA